GCCUCUUUAAGAGCAUUAGCUCAAAAGUUUUAAGAAAAAGAGUACCGGCACCUAGUUCAGUCCAAAUCAAACAUUUGGGAUCAAACUAUUAUGUUGUUAUAAUACAAACAAAAUGUUAACAUGACAAACAUUUGUUCCAUUAAUCUGAUAUUGAUUUAAAGAUUUAUAAAGGCCAAUUGACUGACAAACCAAUAACUGGCUGAUAACUGAUCUGGUAUAUCCAUAUUUUCGAAACAUGCAUAUGUCUAACAUUAUUGCCAUUUAGUUGAAAGUGUUGCUGGAAACACAUUGCGUUUAAAAAAAAAUCUCCGCUUGUAAGCGUAAUACAAGAUAGUGAUUGUAUAAUUGGAUUGAAAGGACAACAAGUUAUUUUCCUUACCUCACAAAAAUGGAGGAAGCCUCUGUUCAGUUUGGCAUGUGACAUAUCUACUGGACACCGUUGGACAAAUUCUUCUGCGUACACUUUAAAAAAUAUAUUUUAACUUCAUUUAACUAGGCAAGUCAGUUAAAUAACAAAUUCUUAUUUUCAAUGGCGGUAUAGGAACAGGGGUUAACUCAGGGGUUAACUGCCUUGUUCAGGGGCAGAACAACAGAUUUGAACCUUGUCAGCUCGGGAAUUCGAUCUUCCGGUUACUAGAUCAACGUUCUAACCACUAGGCUACCUGCAGCGCCGUGCCAAUUUGAGUUAGUGUACUGUGCAAAAUCAACAUAGGAAAGCAGAAUUCCAUCCCUGGAACUGAAAAUUGUGUGUUAUGAGAGUGUUAAUAGGAGGAGGAUCUGGGUUUGUGGGAAGAGAGCUGACUUGUUUACUCAAGAACAAAGGUCAUGAAGUCACAAUAAUAUCUCGACAGCCAGGUCUGGGAAAGAUCACAUGGGGUGAAUUGGAGUCUGGUGGCCUCCCACCAUGUGAGGCUGCUGUCAAUCUGUCUGGGGAGAAUCUUAUGAACCCACUGCGAUGGUGGAAUGAGGGUUAUAGGAAGGAUCUGUUCUCCAGUCGGGUUGACACAACCACAAUUCUGUCUCAAGCCAUUGCUGGGUCCCCCAGUCCCCCUCAUGCUUGGGUCCUUGUCACAGGUGUAGCAUGUUAUAAACCCAGUCUAACAGCUCAGUACACAGAAGACAGUGAGUGGACGCCAUUUGACCUCCUGUCAAGACUGGUGAAGGAAUGGGAGUGGGCGGGGCGUCUUCCUGAAAACAUUGCACAGAAUACCAGACAAGUAGUAAUCAGACCAGGGGUAGUACUGGGCCGUGAUGGUGGGGCCAUGAAGCAGAUGAUGACUCCUUUCUGGCUAGGCCUUGGAGGCACGUUGGGGUCUGGCAGACAACCAUUCCCCUGGAUCCAUGUCUCUGACCUGGCUGGAAUCAUCGCUCAUGCCCUGGUGCCCUUUCCCGACACCCCCUCCUCUGCUGUCCCUCAAGUGUUUAACGGUGUUGCCCCAGCACUGAACACCAAUUACGAGUUCACCAAAGAGCUGGGCCGGGUUCUGAGGAGACCCACUGUCUUCCCUGUGCCUGGAUUUGUCAUUGAAGCCCUAAUGGGUUCAGAGAGAGCCAUAGUGCUAACCCAGGGUCAGAAAGUAGAACCCAAGAGGACUCUGGAGUCAGGCUUUCAGUACCAGUACCCAGACCUGAGCUCUGCCCUGAAGGAGAUUGUUGGGCGCUAGAUGUGAAACAGGAGAUGUCAAGAGACUGAAUGAGAUUAGAUUUUGUAACGUGAGAGAACUUCACUGAUGUGAGCUUUUUCCCCUGAAUAAAUAUGAGAUGGACCCUGUCUUUCAAAAAAAGUGUCCAGUGUCAGAAAGGAUUAUGUACAUAUAUAAAAUCUUCUACACGUUAGCCAAUAUUGGAUUCUCAGCCUAGAGGUUUGUGACCUCAGAAUGUAAUGAGUAACAUGAUUUGAGCACUUGAACUUCACAGUUUAUUUACAUUGUAAAUAAAAGUUAAUAAUGUUAUUCCCCAUUACAGGAAACAACAUGUAAUUUAUGGACCGUGGAGGGUGGGGUUCUGACCAAAGUAUGAUGAAUGUGUUUGGCACUUAUUCACUUAAACACAGGAUUUAACAAAUCAUACUUUUAUUGCCAUGUCCUUGACAGUUAUAUACUGAACAAUGUUCACAUUAACAAUCUUCACCACAUACCCUUUUAGAAGGAGAGUUGCGCUUGAAUAAAAUGUUGGUGUUUCAUGUCAUGCCACUUAUCCUCAGCCUGAUGAUGUCAACCUGUUUUUGAUCAGUCUAUGAAGGGAACAGUUGAUUUCACAGCACCAGGAAGAAUGACCUUGGAGGGUGUUUCUAUCUCGUUAAUACACAAUGGCACUGACUGGUCAGUCUAAAUUACUUGAGUCAUCCUCUGGCUGAAUGAUUGGCAGUUGAUCUCCCCAAUCACUACUCCGGGCACAGCGAUAUACGUCUCUGUGUGGAAAAGAUACAAUCAGUCAUGUAUACAGUUUAACUUGGACAGUGGAAGUGUAAUGAUGCUAGUUGGAGGAUUCAACGUACCUGCCAUGUCGAUGGGCUGUCACCACAACCCGUUUAAUCUCUCCACUAGAGCAGCAGACCUGACAGUGAACGUGU